GAUUAUGUGUCCAUGCGAUGCAUGUGUUAGUAGUACCAAAAAGUAAUAGGAUACUUAAAUUAAAGAAUUAUGCAGUUGCAUUUGAAUAGGCUUUACAACAGAAAAAUGGUCCAGAGUUGCCCAGCUUUUCUAAAUGUAACCUUGGUCUAAUUUUUUAAUUUUUUUUCCACUUUACCUAAAUUUUUGACCCAGAAAACAGGGCUCACACACAGCAAAAGCUGAACACUUCAAGCAGCCUACAAUUGCAGCAACUUUGGAAAAUACCCCUUCUUUUUUGGUAAAAAACAAUCUCUAAUAUCUCCCUAAAAGUAAUUUCUUCUUAUUUUUGGAUGACCCCUUAAAAUGCCAGAGAAAUGUUAUGGUUGUUUUUAAUUUAUAGGCAUACUGGACGGUCUUUCAAACAAAUAAUGUCUUGUGGAAAUUAUAUGAAAAUAUUUUUUUUGUUUUUAGUUAAUGAGAAAAGGAUUGAAAAAUUCAUUUUAUAAAAAGCCUUUAAGUCCUGAAGGUGUCCCAAUACUUUUUGAAUGUAAGUGUAGAUAAGGCUUGACUAUAGUAGGUGUUAGAAAAAAGUUGUCUAGGAAAGUGAUGGGGCUGUGCAGAAAACCACUCUACACCCUGUUCCCUGUCACAGAGAAAAAUCUCCAGAAGAGAACCUUGUUGCCUAAAAGCACAUCCUGGCAAGUCAAAAAGUGGAUAACCCUCCCCCCAGAUUAGAGUAUCUGAGUUUGAGAUGACUCUCCCCCCCCCAGGUUGAAGGUUCCCUGCUGCCUGCAACACCCACCCUCAACAGCAAAUAGAAACACUUGAAGAGCAACAAAUGGAGCAAGGAACCCAUCCUGUUAUGAUGUUUACCAAGAGUGAAUGUCAUUCCUUCUGUUUUAAUAUAUUCUUGAGUCCUUGUUUUCAUUCUUUUAAAUCUCCUUUUGAAUUAAGUUUACAAAUGUUACCAUGAGAAAACUAAGCUACUGGUAAAGACAGACAAGGUUGUAUUAUCUUUGUCACUAAUCUUUACCAAUUCCUUAAACAAAAAAUUUACAUUUACUAUAAAGCAAUGUAGUUUUUUGUAAAAACAUUUACGUCAAUUUGAAAGGAAUAAAAUUUUUGGGAUAUUAAUAAUGAUAGUAAUAGUAAUCAGAAAAACUGAAUAUUGUACCUUAUUUUAAAAGAUUUCCCUUCUCAAUAUUAAUCUUAUCCCCCUCCGACAAGGAUUUAAAACUUGUCAAGAUUUGUAGCUGCGAUUGGUCAAAACCAUUAAAACGCUUUUUUAUUUCUCUGAUGUUACUUUCAACCCGCAUCUGGGUAUACAUUUCUGCUUACUUUUGGAAAAUUUCCGAUAUUUUUACUCCAAGUAGUGUCAGGAGAGAAAGUAAUUUAGUAUGAUUUGCCCCCACUCUCCCAUGCUAUUUUCAAAUAAAAAAUUUACAGAAAAAACUUUGGCUUGAUUCAACAAAGCAAGGAAAGUGAAAUCUUUUUGAUAAGUUUCUGAGCAAGAAAACUUUGAAAAUUGCUUUAAGUAGAACAGUUGAAGUGUUAACAAUAUCUUUCUCUAGUUACCUAGCAAUGUGUUGGUAUGUGAAGCUUUUACACAUGAAAAUAAAGUUACCAUAGGUCACCAACAGGGGCAGAUCCAGAGCAAAUUUGAAGGAGGGGCAGUUGGUAGUGGGGCGCUGAAAUUUUUUCAGAAUAAACAAUUUCAGAUCCAUUUUCAGAAUAAACAACAUAACUUUCAGGUAAUCCUUGAAGCAAAUUAACCUAUAGGUCUCAGAAACUUUUUCACCUGAUUCUUAUUCUUCAAAAGUAAGGGGCACACAAUUUUCAAAAAAGGGGCGUCAGUCAUGCUUCAACUCGUCAAGGGAGGGGCAACUGCCCCUAGUUGCCCCCUCUUAAAUCUGCCACUGGUCACCAAAUAAUUUCCCGGGGGCUUAUUUCAAAAAAAAUAUUUUGAGCUAGGGGCCCAAUCAAGGGAGGGCUUGUUAAGCAGCAGCUAAAUAUAUUUCUAAGGAAAAUUUCUUGUUCUGUUUUAGUAUGCCCAGUAUUCUUAAUAUUGGGAUAUACCUAUUGAUUUUGAGGCUGCAUCUUAGCCUAUUUGGGCUUAUUCAAGGGUGAGGGCUUAUUUCACAAAAAAUACUUUAGGGUUGGGACUUAUUUGAGGGAGAGGCUUGGCAGGAGCUUAUUCGAGGGCUUGCCAUAUGUAAUUAAUUUGUUGACAGGUGUGAAACCAGGGGCAGUAGGACAAAUGACCAUCCCACUCCGAAUAGUAAUAUAGUUUUUAUGUAUGUUGAAACAAAAAUGGCUCUCCAUAGGCCUGGUUUUCCAAAGAAUGUACGUCACCAGUCAUAAUUUGAUCGCUGACAGUCUUUUCAUCCCUGCCAUUUUUAUUUUCUCACUGUGAAAAUUUUCUGUCAGUUUGAAAGACUUGAGUUCAGGUAAUAAUAAAAAUUUCCACUGAACAUGAUUAUCAGCGUCUGGGAAAAAACGCUUAAAUUGUCAUUUUUUUACUUUAUCAGUAGGUGGCUUUGUUUGUAUAGCGCCUCUAUCAUCAGUCAAUUUCUAUGAUUCUGCAAAUCUUUGCUCAAGGAAUUUCAAAUAAUAGACCAUGCUGUUUACAGUUUAUAUGCCAGGAAAAGGAAAUGAUUUGAUUUUUAAUGGAAAAUUCGGCACUGAAAAAAUUAUGAGCAGAAACCGCAAAUUGCUUUUACAGAAGUUUUCGUUCUGUGUAAUAUGCAGAACGCAGGUUUUUGGACUUUCAUAAAAGAGUCUUUUUGUCCAGGAGGAGCACAGUGAAUCUGAAAAAUAAUGGGGACUGUUGCAAAAAGGUGCCUGUUAUCUCGAGGCUACUUCAAGAGGGAGUGAAAUGUUUAGGGGGGACUGGGCUCUGAAGAUGCAAUUUUUCGAUAAAUUCUGACCAAGUCGCAAACGUUCAUUGAUUUUUUGACAAGUUGGGUGUCAGAGGGGGGCUACAACCCCAAAAUGAUGGACUGCUUGAUUACUUUUUAUGGCAUCUAUCGCUGUAACGAGGUUUUGGGAAAAAAUGUCUGUUGUUUGCCAUUUUGAAGCCUUCUUCUAUCAGUAGCCAUUUUUGUAUAUGCCAUCGUACACUUCUACACGAUAUCUUGAAGUUUUGGAAGCAUAUACAGCAAAAUAAAGUAAAUUGAUAAAUAAGCUAACUAGCCUGAGAAUACAACUUCUAUUUUACAUAUUAACAGGCACUGCAGGGCGUUGAGAAAAGUGGGCGGGGGGCUAAGGGGGGCUAGAGACCUUUCGGCUCCGCGGUGCCUGAUUUAUUUUCAUAUAACUGCGAGAGCCUCAAUUUAAUUGAAUCUUUUGUCUUCAUAUGACAGAUGUACCAUUCAACGCCACCGUCAUGCCCUCAAUCCACUAUUCAAAUAUUCAUGGGGAACACCGUUUUGACUUGAAAGUCCUGUGCUUAUGUUAUUGCAAGGACAAUUUGAAUGGGUUUGAUACAGCUGCAGUAAUUAUCAUGGGAAUAGGCCCGAGCUAUGCUUUUGCAGCCCAGCAUGUAAACAGUUGGGUGUAGUGAAGUUAUCAUCGAAAUAUUGAUCAUUUUUUCCCUCGAAUUUGAGAAUGGCCAACACCCGCCCGGUCCUCACCUGUUUGUCCAAUUGCUUCUCAGAGUCCAUCCUACUUCGAAACACUACCAGGAUCCAUAUGUAUGACAUCAACCGGUCUCUCACUACCCUUUGAAAUUUUCGUCUUAAAGCUAACUAAUUCCUGCUAGCUUGCGAUAAAUCUCAGCCCUUGGUGUAUUCGUGAACACAGAAAACUGUUUCAGUUUAUAUUUAAGAAAUUAGUUUUUGCAAGGAAUUAAUUUCAAAAACAGGCUCAAAACGUGUGCCUAGGGUUCUGCAAAACUCUCCGGUAUCCUCUAAUUUUUUCCUGUAUAACUUUCAUACUUAUCGAGUCAUGCAAAGAAAAUUGUUCGUUCUCUCAAUCAGCCAAUUGGCGGUAGCCUUGAAAGCAUCUUUAAUACCUUCGAAUCUUAAGCAAUGGUUUGAUGGCGAUUUUUAAGCUUCGUCUGCUCAGAGACAUUCCCGCGUUGUUAGGCCAUCGACAACUAAAUUUUUAUAAGAAGCUUUUCUUCUUUUGAUCUCUGUCUACUACCUAAUCAUAAGCUGCGUGUUUGAUACCAUUUGGCUGCUUAUUUCUCAUAGUUAACCUUCUAUAAAAUCGUCUACAUAUCUAGUGAGUUAAGAAAAGUGGGAAUACAACAAGAUGAUUCUGGGCUGCUGGGAAAAAGGGUAAGGGCUCUGUUAUCUCCCACUCCAGACCCAUUUUUGAAGCCCCCUCUCUCCAACCUCACUUUUUCUUGAUGAUCUUUACUAAACUGUACUCUCCUGUCUCUUUAUGUUUACUUAAAUAUAUAUAGGGGAAUAGGAAUCAAUCUUAAAAGUUUUUGGUUAAAUUUUGGCAUUUUAAAUUGUGCUAUUAAGGAGGGAAUUUUUUAAUUACUUGUUGAAAUUUCGGAUAUGUAGUUUUACAGCUAUCUUUCAUAACUUCGUUCCUGAGCAGUUGCUAGUGCGACCAAGUGUUAUUUAAAAGCAAUCAGUAGAUUGAGAAAACAUAAUUUCCUGUUGUGUGAAAUGUUGCCACCAGUCCACGAUCGAGCAUUCUCCCGUUUACUAGAAAUAAGUGAUUGUAAUCUUUCCGUUCUUCCAAUCAUAACGUUGUUUCAUCAAAUCAGGUCGAUUAUAUUUAAGUAUUUGUCUAUGCAUGCUUGCAUCGUUGACAAAAAUUUAGCACAUGGACACUUUGUCCUCGGUUUCAAGCUGGAUAUUCCAUCGAAUGCUGCAUCAGGCAGACUGUAGUUUCACACAUGGAUUUGAUGCAGGUGUCUAGCUCCCGGUCGGGGGGAUUUGCUGCCAGAAGCUUAUUUCCUUAAACCAUUAAUUUGAUAUUCAACAUAUCUGUAUGAUCACUUUCUAUUAAAUUCUUGACUAAACAAUGUAAAAGUUGGCUUGUUCUGCGCCAAGACUGCUUAAACCUUCCAUUUUCCUUUUACCUCAAUAUCAAGACAUCCGCGAUUCACUGUUAUGCAACCCCCCGUGCGUUACCAGUCAUCUGCCCAUUUUAUUAAUACACUUUCUCGAUAAUUCGCUGGGCAGCAAUGCCAGUUGUGCAGGAAGCUGUGGCUGUAUGAAUGCUUAUUUCAUUUUCUCCGACAAAGUCGAUGUAUAUCAAUGAAAUCAAUCCGAACAGACUGUUCUGUGUUUUCUUCAUUUGCGAUGAUUAUGAUUGUAAACUACCAGCUUUGAGUUCAUGCAUUGAAUCCAUCCAUUCAUUUCGUUGCUAGGAACGCGUGCGAGAUGCAUCAAUUAACGCGACAUCUUGAUUGGAUAAUACCAACAUUUGUUGCCAGUCUUGUGACAUUGAUAAGCUUUGUUGCUUUGUGCACUUAUUGCUUCAAGAGGAAGAAUAAAGAAAACGAAGAAGAAGAAGAAGCUGAAGAGGCCUAUCGACCGGAGAAGAAAUUGCUUUCUUCGCAGAAGGAACCUGAACUUUUCCCCACUUUGAAUGUCCCUCCGCGAGCCGAAAAUGCCUUUUCCUUACCAGGAACACCGAGCAAAGUGCCAAUACGAGAACCUGGGUUUGGCAAGCGUAGCGUCAAAUAUGGUGCCGUGACCCCUUCAAUGUCACCCGUCUUUACCGAAUUCAAAGUGCAGCCACCCUCCAGAGAAACGAAAGGCAUCCUCAAAGGAGCCGAGUCUGGUUUAUUCGGCAGUGCUGGGCAGUUAGACAUACCAGCAGAACCAGAGCCGCCGAGUGGUGAUGCCGCUGAAAAGUUAGGCACGCUUUUUUUUAAUUUAUGCUAUAAUGCCGAAGAUUUGAUUUUAAAAUUGUAUAUACAAAAGGCUACUGGACUUGCUGCCAAGGAUAUUUCAGGGACAAGUGACCCGUUUGUAAAAGUCUUGCUUCUUCCUGACAAGAAACAUAGACUCGAGACUCGUGUUAAACGGAAAAACCUUAACCCAGUUUGGAACGAGGCUUUCACAUUUGAGGGAUUCCCACACCAGAAACUUAUGCAAAGGACUCUUUACUUGCAAGUUCUUGAUUAUGAUCGCUUCUCAAGGAAUGAUCCGAUCGGAGAGGUUGAAUUGAACUUAGCAGAUGUCCACUUGCAGGCUGAGCCAGUGCCCUAUGUGAAGGAGCUAAAGCCAUGCAGACGGAACCCCGAUUACUUAGGAGAUCUACUUAUUUCAAUGUGCUACAAUCCGACUCAAAGUCGAAUUACAAUUGUUGUUAUGAAAUGCAGUAACGUCAAAGUGAUGGACAUAACAGGAAGUUGUGAUCCAUACGUAAAAGUUUACCUGAAGUAUGGUGGCACACGUAUUGAUAAAAAGAAGACAGCAAUAAAGAAACGGUGCCUGAAUCCUGUUUGGAACGAGGUAUUUGACUUCGAUGUGCCAAUUGAUAAGAUCAGAGACAUUUCCUUUGUUUUUACUGUUAUGGACUUUGACCGUAUCCUUUCAAAUGAGGCUAUAGGUCAAGUGAUCAUAGGUUAUAGGACAGCUGGCUCGUCCUUAAAGCACUGGACCGAUAUGAUGAACAAUCCAAGGAAGCCUAUCGCGAUGUGGCAUAAGAUUAUCAAGUAUUGAGCGAUAACAUUUUAAGAAUCCUUUUAUAAUGUGAGCAAAACCUCUGCGCCCUCUUAGCAAGAGAUAUGACCAGUUUUCACUUUUUUGAACAAUUGAUUUGCACUCAAGGAGAGUUUGUGUUCAGACAUGAUGCAAAAACUCCCGUUGCACGUGACUUCUAAGUGUAGAAUUCAAGUCUGUUGUGUGUUUUACAUGUUGUGUAUAUUUAAUGCACCUUAUGUGCUGGGUGCACGUUUUUUAGAUGUCUGAUACCUCUGACUGCUUGUGUUUGUUAGGUUGUAGCUUGCUUCAAUUGAUAGAUUCAAUUAGGCGAAGUUAGGGUUCAAGUGAAACAUUAUUAGGAUUGUAAGGGUAGGCCUCCAAACCCAUUGGCUUUUGAGUGCGUUUGAGUUUAAACUUUUGCUAAAAGUUUCUUUAUUUUCUAUCUACACAAAUUGAGCAUCAUCAAAUGCAACACGAUCAAGUCACCAAAAUCUUUCUUUAAAAACUGCCUGUAUCAAAUUACCUUUCCAUGCCCUGAUUUUCAGACUAUAGAAUUUUUCUAUAUUGUGGUAUCUAUAUAGAAAAAUUCGGUUUAUUGCAUCUUAGGCAGAAAUUUCAACAGCCAGUAACUAUUCCCACUAACUGAAUCAGCAGUCUCAACUCUUCGAAAGCUUCUAAUUUUUUUUAAAUAUUCUUGUUUAUUUUGGUUUCAUCGCAUAACAAGCUUGGCUUAAUUUUACAUACAGCACAACAAAUAUUCUACAUACAGCACCCACACAUACACACACACGCGCACCGACACACAAUCUUAAUAAUUCUAUUGAAUUAGUUGUGUCAUUGAAAUUACCUACUAUUUAAUACGAAAUAUAAUGUGUUGCGCUAGUGGUUGGUGCUUGCUAAAUACCAUUUUCUUCCCUGGCAAUUGACCUGAAUGUACCAUCUUCUUUUAACGGGCUGGCCUUUAAAUAUUUUGCAACAGUAUUAGUCUUCAGUUUUCCUUACAAUAAGUUAUUGAUAACAUUGCAAUACCUUUUCAACACUCCGCAACACCUUCUCUGUUAUUAUCAAUGAGAAAAAAGUUCGUUAGAAUUUCAAUUGCAUGCUAUUCUAGUAGAAGUUGAAAAUAAUAUUUUAAACAAAGGAAUAAAUUUCUUUAUAUUUUCAUGGAUGCAGGAUGUGUUGAUUGAGGGUGUUUGUUAACUUAUUUAGCCCACAAUGGGAUUUUAAGUUCGAUUAUUUGGUAUUGUUUGGGAUUAAGCCUAAUACGAAUAAUCUUAUACCUCAACCGUAAAGUACACAAAACCACACCUUCACUGGUAGUUUUGAAAAUAUACCACGUAUGACACGCGGCAUUCUAUCAUACUUCGUCCUCCUAGUAACAUUAUUGUACAAGAAUUACUGUUUUUCCUUUAUUUAUUACAUUUAUUCCUUUGAGAAAAUAGGAAGGCCACCCGUUCCUCUCUAGUUACUUAUUGACUUAUGUGGGAACUUAAAGCAUGCAGUUAUUUCCAGGGGUGUAGUGAUAUCAAAAUAAUAAGGGGGCUGUUCACAUAAUGUUGCUAAAAACAGUAGCAAAAGUAAUUGGUUAUAUAUGGCAUUAACAAGGGAAGCUCAGUCCUCCCUGGAUUUUGGUAAUUUGCAGACCCUUCAUAGCGCCGCUAGCUCUGUGGGCCAAAAGGUAAUUUCUCGUUCUCAAGAAGCUCAAAUGGUAAUCGAUGGCACCUCACCACUUUCUCCAUCCUUUGAUAACUCACACCACCUCUAUUCACAAAAAAUGGCAAUCGUCUUUGAUAAAUAAUGAAUGUAUUUCAAUUGGAUUUUGGUAAUACGAAUAAUUUGUAUAAUUCUUAUGAAUUAAUGAAAUUGAGAAAUUUUGGUUUUAAGGUAAUAAAUAAAGAUGCCUAUCGAUGUGUAGAUGGCAACGUUGGUUUUAUGAAUAAACAUUGGUUCAACCCUGAUAAUUA